UUAUAAUGCACCAGCAGUGAAUUACACGCCUCCGGCAGCCAGAGUCUGUAUCUCCUCGCAUUUACAGAAGCCUCAUUGUGUUCGUUCGGAUGAAUGGCAGGAUCGUUCUCAUUUACUCUUUCUUACUUUCACUUUUUUCGUUACACUCGAUAUAUCGAGACACCGUGUACACGCUGCCAAGAAGUUACAUAGUAUAUACAUUAACUGUAUGCAAUAUUGCCCUCUCCUCCGCCCCAAAGCAAAUACAUCAAACCCUCUCACACAGUAUUUUCACAUAGACAAUAUACAUAUAUACAAAUCUACUCAGACAGUAUUUCCGUAUAAAUAGUAUAUUGACUGGAUGCAAUAUUGCCCUACUCCUCGCCAAAGCAAAUACAUCAAACCCUCUCAGACAGUAUUUUCACAUAGACAGUAUACAUGUAUACAUUACCAGUAUUCAAUAUAAACAAAUUUUGAUUUUGCGCCACCUCCGAACAGGUUGCAUUGUAUUUACUAAGCUGUGUUUAAUAAUUUAACCAAAUUCAUCAAAAUCUGUUAAGUACCAAUGCAAUUUAAAUAGAAAUUAUUUCAUACUUUUCACUGCAUGUUGUCAUACUUCCAAGCAAUUAUAUCUAGACCUGUUGAGUACUCAUAUAAAUCAACUAGAAAUUAUUUCAUCCGUUUAUCCUACACGACCAACCUACCUCUAAGCACCGAUUCUACCUAGGAUUCGUGUUCAUAUUUGACUCCUUAUUCGUGGUUAUAGAAGGUUACUAGAACUAAGUAUGCCGAAACGUUCACCUUCUUUCUGGAAGUCGAGGUAUAUCGGCAACGUCAAUCAGAAGACAGCGACGUAUUCAUUGUUCGCCUCAUCUCUCCCCCCGUUUAUGCACCGAGCGGUGCAACUAUCGAGGCCCGAUAACGCGACAAACGUGCAACAUUCUGGAAGUUGGCAAUCGGCCGCAGCAUCGUGCCAAAAACGAACCACCGAUGCGUUCGAGUUUCACGGCGAUAUAUCGACCCGGUGGACUCGUACCAGUUCGGUGGUCAGUGUUCCUUGGAUACACCGCGGAUUUCGACGAUUUAAGGAGCGCUUGAGUUAUGGGUGCAACAUCGUGGCUCGUUUGUCCCCGCGUUUUAUUCGAGAACUCCCUGCCUCGAGAAUCCGACUCGGAAAAUAACCACGGAGGAAGCGUGAAAAUUAUUUGGCGGCUGUAGGAAUAUUUAUAAGUAUAUUUAGUUAGGAUUUUCGGAACAAUAAGGAAAAGAGGUGAAGGAUCGACGAGCGCAAACGAUGACCUCGACAUCGGCCAACGACAAUAUGGUCGAGAUACGGAAAUUGAACCAAUAUAUCGGAGCUGUCAUAGCGUCUCUCGGCGGUUUCGCGCUCGGCGUGGCCCUCGGCUGGAAUUCCAGCGCUGGCGAGGUGCUCAGAAACCACAUGGACGCCACGGCCACCGAAAUUGGAGUGAUCGGUGGCAUCCUAAACGCAGGAGCCGGUUUUGGGGCGAUCCUGGUGCCGUUUCUCGCGCGACGUGUCAGAAGAACGACGAUGAUGAUCGCCACGAUGCCUUUUCUCGCUGUCGGAUGGACUCUCAUCUGCUUCUCGGGAAUAAAAGUCACCAAUAACUUUCAGACCACCUGUCUGAUGGUGGGUCGAGCAAUCUGCGGGGUAUGCGGUGGCAUCUUCGCCGUCGCGACGCCCACCUACGUGGCCGAAAUCGCCGACAAGAAGAUCCGUGGCCGUCUGCUCGGUUUCUUCCAAAUUUUCGUCAACUGCGGCAUCAUGUACGCUUUCGUCGCGGCGAACGCCAUCGACGAACACGAGACCGUGUGGAGGUACAGCUCAAUUUGCGGGAUCGCGUGCUUCUCGAUCAUGCCAACGAAAUUGCUACCAGAAAGUCCCCUCUACUAUUUGUCGAGGAACGACGAGAUCAAUGCAGAAAAAUCCUUGAGAUGGUAUCGCGGCGACACUUACGAUAUCCAGCACGAGAUCAACGAAAUGAAGCAGCUGGUUAUCAUGACACGCUCGAAAAAGCUCAGCUUGAAGAUGCUGAAGAAUCGUCGAAUCCUUCGUUCUCUGGCGACGUGCUUCGGGGUGGUACUGGGCCAGCAAUUUAGCGGCGCCAAUAUGAUGAUCUUCUACGCUCUGACGCUAUUCAACACCAUGGGUUCCGGCGAGCUGACCGGAAGCGAACAGACGUUAAUCGUCGGCGCCGUUCAAAUAUUGACGUCCUUCUUAGCGGCGUUCCUUGUCGACGUUCUGGGACGUCGAAUUCUACUCUCUGUGUCCACGUUGCUUAUGGGAUUAUUUCUGAUACUGUUAGGCUGGUUCUUCAGUUUACGCGACAUGGACCCCGAGUAUGACGAUAUCUACUUUUGGAUGGCGCCUACGUGGAUCAUCCUCUUCUUCGCAUCGUUCAAUCUGGGCUUGGGUCCCAUUUCCUGGUCCGUGCUGGGAGACGUACUCCCAGCGGAAGUGAGGAUAUCGGGAGCAGCUGUAGCAUUGGUCCUAGGUUGGCUGGUGUCGCUGUUGGCUACCCUGACGUUCGACGAAAUGUUCGUUACCCUAGGCACCGCGAAGCUCAUGUGGCUCUCCGCAGCCAUAUGCUGGCUCGUCUCUCUGUUCUGCGCCAUCGUGGCCAAGGAUACCACCGGGAAAAGCCUCGCCGAGGUCCAGGAGGACUUUGGCAUCGAGCUCAACAGAGGCUUAGAGGAGACCUGAUGGCUACUUGCGAAUUCAACGGAUAAUUGGGCUUUCUAUCGACGGGACUUAGUUUCUGCUGCCUUGGCUCGAGCGAAGGCUUACCCCGGAAUGCACCUCAUCGAUUGGUCGAGCAAUUUAGGGGGGAAAAAUUUUGGUGCAAUCGUUUCGCCACAGGGCUGAGCGUUACAUCUUUUAUCAUAUUAUUCUCUCUAUUUAUUUUUACUGUCUGAAUUAUUUUUUCAAAUGUCUCUAAUGUCAACAUUUUUCGAACGAACAUUGCGGAUUACGAAGACUAAGGCACCGCAUCGUGGAGAAAUCUCGAGUGACGCGAAAUAAAUUUCCACCGUUUUUCUUUUCCUUGUCAAAUAGCGAAUCGUAAACCGCGCAAAUCGGCAGGGCUACGUAUCGUUGUUUCGAUCGGCAUUGUAUCGUAAACCGACCAAACAAAUAUUUGCUUGUUUAUUUCGAAUGGGAACACGCGUAUUGUCGGAUUUGGCUCUCGAGUUCACUCGAUACGCUUCAUUUUCACUUACCUCUCUGUUCCCCUCUGGAACGAGAACGGGAGUGAAAUUCGAAUAAUUGUAAUUAUUGCAGAACUUACGCAAAUUAACGAUAUUAAACCGAAUUAUUAUAAGGUAACAAGCAACGGUGAAUAACGAAAUCGUAACAAGUUCUCCUAAUUGUAACGGGAAAUGGAAUCGCAUAAAUGAUCCAUAGCUUUCGUGUAUCAAUUAAUCAUUGAUAAUAUUAUAGAAAUAGAAUAGGUUAGAUAUGGCGUUCAAAGACGUUCUAUUAAUGUUCGAUCCUUGUCGGAGUUCGCCUUUAUACUUUCAAUGGGUUAACGAGAAUACCUGUGGGUCUCGAUAUCAGAUGCAACGCGUACAUUCGCUGGCCUCGCGCCAAAAAAUGCCACGAAGAUACGCAGACGUAUUUUGUUCCGAGGUUGAUAUAUGGCGAACAGAUGCACCAUCGUUUCGUCCAACCUUUUGACGAAAAUAACACAACGAAGGCGAUCGGCCGAGUCGGGGAACGAUUUCAUUAAGAACCCAGUUUAUAUUUACUUCGCUGGUCGUGAUGACAACAAUAAAAAUAUAUUCGAAUCUGCCGUCAUCGAGAAAUAAAAAUCGCACAGAACGGCGUGCUUCAACAAACGGCCAUGAUAAUUACACGUACACAGAAGAAAUCCCAAACUCCGUCAGCGCGUUAACCGCGUUCGUUAAGCUAAAUAUUGUUUCCCGAUUUCAACUGAAAUUUGCAUGAAAUCCCGUGCACGACGUGAAUUUCAAUGUCUGCGCGCGUAUCCAUAUUUCAACAGAUUCUGGUGAUCUCGUUCAUCUUGUAUUCACCGUUUGAGGCUCGUUUAUUAACAAAACUGACACGAGCAAUAGCACGCGAAACGUUUAACAAAUUACGUAAACAUUCAAUUAAUAGUUAUUUUAAGUCCCACGGAUGUAGCGCGAAUAUUUAUUCUAACGUUGGUUAAUUAUUUCUUCCCCUAAAAUUUAUUAAUAAAAGAAUAAUAAAUAUAUGAAACAAUACAAAAUUUAUUUGUAAGAAUCAAACCCAUCGCUUAAUUAAGACGAAUUCCUUCAAUAAACACAGAGGGUACGAAUAUUUACUGGAAUGACUGUAAAUGACUGUAACGAAAGACACAAUAUGACCUUCUCACCCCCGCAAGCACGUGCUGUGUUUGUCUAUUCGAAACCCAACGCCCCAAACCCCCGCUACUAACCGCUGCAAGUGUAAUUUCCACCCCCAUUUCAGCUGAAUACCGUGGUCUAACCAAGCUCACCCUCGACACUAAUAUAAUUUAAAUCCGGCACAGAGGUAAUCCAGACCUACUCCAACGCUCGUAUCUAGCCUACAGCUGAGCAUGAUUGAUAAUAUCCCUGACCCACGAUACACGGGGCUUGAUAGUAGACGCGCAGCGAGGGUGAAUUUUAUGACUGAUAGGGGACACCAACGGGCGACCGUGAUAGUAUAAGAAUAACUGACCUAGUCUUGGCUACAGACGCGUCUCGAUCACGUACAAAAUCUCCCCCAUGUUUAGCACACCCUAAAACGAACGUAAAACCAACAUAGACCGCAGACUUUCGCACGCGUAUCGACGGAACACAGCCAGAUAGGCAUAUGCCCUUUAACUGAGUUUCGAGCGCAUCUCUCUUUAAGGGGUUUGUAGCGUCCACGCUCCGAGACGUGCUCAGCGAAACAGAAGUGAUCGACAGAUGGGGAGUCAGCAUUUCUUUACGCGUCAAGAGUACGCUUUUUUUUUCUUUUUCUAUUUUUUCUCCCCCUUUUAUGUUUACUACUCGCAUGCGUGACCCAGUUUCACGUGAAUGUGCUCGCACGCCCAUUCAUUUCGACAGCGAAUUUUCGGAUACCGUUUAACCUCGAAACGACGGAGUAGUUUCCAAAUAACGAAGUCCCGUGACAGGGUGCUAGAAUUGCGAAUGAUUAACUGCGGAAUACCUAUGGAGCGUGAAUUACAGUUGAAAAUGGGUAAAGUUAAGUCGACCAUAAAUGCACAAAUUUGUCUGCGAUAAAUGCACAGAAACCAUCUCCACCACUGGGGAUAUGUCGAAGAUUACUCGUCGCAACGCAAUGUACGUUGCAUUAAAUUGUCUCACCGACAUACCCUGGUGUUUUCGUUCCAUCCUCUUCGGAGAAUGUACGAACUCUACGAUAAACGCACAAGGUCAAUCCUGAGCUUGCGCAUUUAUAGAGACUUUACUUUACCAUUCACGGGUAAUCUUAUGAAACAACCGAGAGAAUCUCUCUCGAGGUUGACAAGUGCAGAUGUAAAUGAGACAUUCAACCUUCUCUGCGAGAUAAACGUUAACGAUUAUUAAUGUAAAUCAGGGUGCAUUGCGACAUUAAAUUUUACGAGCCUAAGCGGUGGCUACGCGGGGCUCGGUCACGUUCUCCCCUAUCUCUUGCGUUAAAUUGCGAAACUUCGCUCAUAAAAUUAAUGCCAUAAACGCGACCAUUGUGUCUACUUCGGAAUUAGGAUCCUCAGAAACUGUGGAACACAUUCCUCGAGAACUUCGUCUUUAACGCUUCCGAGGCUAUCUAAUUAAGAAUGUUUGUUGAGUUUGCCGAGAAAACGCAACCAAAGCUGCGCGCCAUGUUUCUGUAAAAUUAGUUGAACUUCAACGAAGAUUCGUACGAGUGUUAACCCUACAGUGAUGCAUUGAAGCACACACGUAUCAACUGCAGUUUUCUUUGAUAUAUGCAGAGCCGGCAUUAGGGGUGGGGGCGGUUCGCCUGGGGCGCCGAUAUAAAAAUAUAGUGAUAUUUUCUCAUUGUCUCUUCUAUGCUAUUUACUUUAACAAUUUUUACUAUCUAAAUACUUCCAUUUCUUAAAAAUUAUAACCCCCAAAUGGGCGCCAUUUCCUAACAAAAUUAAGACAUCUACGUUAUAAAAAGGACGCGGCACCAUUGAAGAUAAUUAUUUUUGUGCCAAAUCUGACUGUUGCCACGAGAAUUUUUGCGGUAGUGUUAUUCAUGUUUGCUCCGAUUUAAAAAAUUGUGCCCUGUAGGGGUUAAUUUUCUGCUUGUGAAAUCUUUCAAAAAUUUUACCGUGCGAUCGAUUUAUCGUUAGUUUUAGACGAGCUGACUCUUCUGUAUUUAACGCGUCGGCACUAUUAUCUAUUUUUAUUUAAACAUCCGCUAUUUUAUAGAUGAACGGCACGCUUAAUAAUAGCCUCUCUCCAAGCUCUAGCUUAGCUACCCUGUCUUACCUUAGACAAUAUUUUUUUUUGCAUCUCAUUAAAAUGAUGAAAAGACUGGUCUGUUAGCUUCUGUCAACAGACUGCGCCACCAUUACCAUAGCAACGCACCAUUAAACAGAUCUAAAGCUCAGCCUUCCGAGCUUUAAUAGAAAUUCGCCAUCCGUGUUGACUCGUAUCAUCUGGCGAGGAAUUAAACGUUAAUUGGACACCAUAGCUCGAUUUGCCACGCGACGAUUAAGGUCCGUAAUUACUGCCAAGAAUUUAUCAAUUUCCGGCGAAUUUGUAGACGUUUGAUAAACCUCCGUCGGGCGGUCGUCGCUGGCCGUGUUCUAGAACGCCGUUGUAAAUGUCAGUAGCUGCUUUAAAAAGCUUUCAACGCUUUGCAUAUUGUUUUCACCGUUCCGCCACCCGCACUUUCCAUCAGGAUUUUUCCGUUUAUUUUCGCAUUUCAUGAAUUUUCAACGAUACUAUUUGUUUAAUAUUGAAUUACGUCGACCGGAUGGUCAGAAAUAUCAAGCUUCAAACAAACAGAAAAAAACGUGUAAUAUUUCAAGGGAAACGUUACAUUG